AACACAUCUUCAAUUUUUCUUGCGAGUGUCGUGUUUAUUUUGUAGUUUUUGCUGAAUUUUACAACAUUUAACUGACCAUUAUUCAUUGAAAAUGUUAAUAGGUAUCACAAUUUGAGUUUUAAAGUGUUCAGAAUGUGGGUCAAGCCUCGAGAAGAGUAUUUGAAGACUCCUUUUUGGGACACUGAUGAGACUUCACUUUAUUUUGUGCUUCAACGAAGGAAGGGACAUGGCAAGUCUAAAGGACUUUCUUCUCUUCUAGUGGGCACAUUAGAUAGUGUCUUGGAUAGUAAGCCAGCGCCUUUUAGAAUACUCCACCAAACCCCUAAUUCCGAAAUAUACUAUGUUAUAUCUGAAGCUCUUACUGAGCAGGAAAUAAAGCAGGAUUGGCAAUGGCUCUUGGACAAUGUUUGUGCUACCCUCCACUCCUUUGACAGUGAUGACGAGAGAACAGACUUUGUGUGCUGUAAAAUUAACUCUAUAAUAGCUACUGAAGAAGAAAACCUUACUGAAGAUGAAGAAUCUGUCACUUACAACAACUGCAUAUUUCAUGAGAGAUUCCCAUCAUUGCCAAAAGAUGAAAAACUUGUCUGCUAUUAUUCUUGUAGUUAUUGGAAGGGCAAAAUGCCUCGUCAAGGAUGGAUGUAUCUUACAGUAAAUUACUUGUGCUUUUACUCAUAUAUAUUUGGACGCAAAACAGCAAUAAAGAUAAGAUGGGCUGAUGUAACUGAGCUCGGAAAAACCAAUAGCUUAGUCUUCCCCGACUCAAUCCGGGUUGUGACAAGAGAUGGGGAACAUUACUUUUCCAUGUUACUUAAGAAGAAGGAGACUUAUGCAUUAAUGCAGCAACUGGCUAACAUUGCUAUGAAACAGUUGAUUGAUGACAAAACGGGACAAUUUAACUCUGAUAAAGAGUUACUAACAAAACUCAGUAAGAAUGUGCCUAAGAAACCGUCUUUUCUCAAACGUGAUUUGGAUGCCCGGAAACAGUCCAAUCUCUACACCUUGAGAUUCCGUCUGCCACAGAAUGAGAAACUAGAUGGAUCAGAGGAGUGUACUCUUUGGACCCCAUACAAUAAAAAACAUAAUUGGGGAAGACUUUACCUGUCACAAAAUUUUCUCUGUUUUGAUAGUAGGGUCCACAACCUAGUCCGUCUCACCAUCCCGCUGCGCGACGUGCACCAGGUGGAGCAAGCCGACGGCAGCAGCGGCGACUGCGGCAGCAUCCUCGUGACCACGGCCCACCACGCCAGCUUCCUCUUCGGCAAGAUAUCCGACAGACAGUUCCUCGUACACAAGAUAUCAGAGCUGCUGGCUAAGAUACCCAGUUACGUUUACAGGGACAAGACGUCGGGACCGGCGACCGACAGCGACUGGACGCCGCAGCCGCCGCUCAUGACGCUCUUCCGGACCUACCAGACGUCCAGCAUCAAGCAGAUACAAGAGAAGAAGGUAAAGCAAUGGGAGGACCACAUGUCAGAAGUAGGCCGCGGUGUCAGCAUGUACAGAACGGUGGAAGGAAGCGAGCUAGUCGUGAGCGGUAUACCAGAGUCCCUGCGCGGGGAACUGUGGAGCGUGUUCUCAGGGUCCAUACUACAGAAGACCCAGAAUAAAGGGCUAUACGAGAAGCUAGUCAACGAAGCCCUAUCCUCGAAGAAUACCGCCAACGACGAAAUAGAGAGGGACCUCCAUAGAUCGCUGCCAGAACAUCCGGCUUUUCAAAAUGAUGUCGGUAUUUCGGCAUUACGUCGUGUGCUCUGCGCGUACGCACUGAAGAAUCCUACCAUUGGUUACUGUCAAGCAAUGAACAUUGUAGCAUCUGUGCUGCUAAUUUACUGUCCCGAGGAGCAGGCGUUUUGGUUGCUGGCGACUAUAUGUGAAACUCUACUCCCGGACUAUUAUAAUACCAGGGUGGUUGGAGCAUUAGUGGACCAAGGCGUGCUUGACGAACUGACAAAGCUCCACCUACCGGAGUUGCACGCAAAACUCGACGAACUUGGCAUGAUGAGAAUGAUAUCGCUAUCCUGGUUCCUCACACUGUUUGUGAGCGUGAUGCCCUAUGAAUGUGCUGUCAAUGUCAUGGACUGUUUCUUCUAUGAUGGCGCUAAGGUUAUCUUCCAGGUGACAUUGACAAUCCUAGAUAUAAACAGGGAAAAACUGCUAAAAUGUGCGGAAGACGGUCAAGCAAUGCAGGUGUUGAGCGAAUAUCUGGAAGGUAUAUACAAUGAGGAGGCCAUGGCUCUGUCUACAGAACCGAGGACCGCUGAAAAGACGAUCAAAAUUCAAGAUCUAGUGUACCAGUCCUACCGAUCUUUCGGUAGUACGGUCAGCAGCGAGAGUAUAGAGCAUCUGCGACUGAAGUACAGACUGCGCGUUGUGAGACAGCUAGAAGACAGUCUCGAGAAGAACACGUUGAGGGCUCUACAGCAAGAUAAACUGUUGGAACCGGAUGAGUUGCAGGAGCUACUAAGUGCAAUUCGCGAGGAGCUGUUCUGGGCUAAGCGGGUACCGUGCGAGCGUUUGGAGGCGCCUUACGAGGCGUACAGACUGGACUACGCUCAGUUCAAGACGCUAUUCACUGCUCUGUCGCCCUGGGCCAAGGGUGAUUGUGCUGAAGCGAUCACCGCUAGGAUGUUCAAGCUAAUGGACCACGACGACGACGGUCUAGUCAGCGCGCGCGGGCUGUCCGCAGCGCUGGGCGUGUCCGCGCGUGGUGACGCAAACGCGCGUCUACGGGCGUUGUACUGUGCGCACGCGCCGCCGUUGCUCACCGCGCUAGACUUACUACCGCCAGCGUACACUGCGACUGGCGAGGAGCUGGCCACAGAUGCACUGUCCUAUCUAGACAGCAUUGAGCCGACUACGCCUGAAGCCAUGCAGCGGUCCAUCAGCGAUGUUGGUGACAUGGAUAAGUCUAUGGACAGCUCUAGCCAAGGCGAAGGUUGGCGGCUAGCGGAACAAGUGCGGGCGUGCGCGCUCGCCGGAAUAGGCACCGCGAGUACGCCCCUGACGCCGGGCGCGGGGGCCCCGCCUCGCGCUCCGCCCCUGCCCCGCGACCACUUCCUGAAGCUGCUGUCGACGUUACACGACCUUACGCAGCACUCCACUGAGCUGUACGAGGCGGUCGCUAGAGCCGGUACGUUACUUCUGCAGCUGGGCGAGCUAAACCACCGGCCAAAUCUGGGCCGGGAAAUAUCACAGGACAGCUUGUAUUUAGCUGCUGCAGCACAACCUGGUUUACCUGAGCUGGAUCCGAACGGGAACACCACUGAGCCCGAUUUUCGCAGUCGGGCCUCGCCCUCUCGAGACGACGAGAGCACAGAGGACUAUUGGUCGAUUACCCUCGAACAGUUCCUAGCGACAAUGCUAGCUGAGGAAAAACUAGAGGAGUUUUUCAACAAGAAAGUGUCGUUGAAGUCUGACUUGGAAGCGCUGCGGCAGAGGGAUCGACUGCAUUCGGUUUCCUAGCUAAUGGCUAAAGAUUUUGACUGAUGAAAAAGAAUCAACGAAUUAAGAAAUGGGAUGUAAUUAUACAACACAAUAAAACAAUAGCAAUGGAUAUUAUAAUAUAGAAUUUAGUUAUUGUAAUUAAAUGAUGUAUAUCUUUAGUUAUAGCUGGUGUAAACCAGAUUUGUACUUUAUUAGCUUGCAUUAAGGUUCACUUUAGCCCCCUCAUUAUUUAAAAUAUUGACAGUAGACAGUAAGUUUCUAUUUUUGUCUGCUACGUGGGAAUAGACAAAUCAAUUAGAGUAUGACGUAUUUAGUGAAUAUUUUUAAAAAUGAGGGAUUAUAAGCUUCCAAUGUUACAACAUUCCAAAAAUUAUUUACUAGAGUUACUGGCGAAAAAUAAAUGGCCAUAUUAGAGUUAAGAAAAUAUGUUACCUUUCCUGCUUGUCUGAUAAAAAUAUUCAAAAUGAAAAAGUUAUGAUAUAUAGUUAACGCAUACUGUUAUACAUAACUAACCACAUGAUACUUAUGCAUAUGUAUGUACCUGUUUUAAGCGAUUUUCAAGGCUAGCUCUGAGCAUGAAAAUACUUGCUCAGAGAAUUUCAUCAUUCUUGGACGCAGUAGUGAAGUUCAUUUUUUUUGCUAGGAAAUUAUUCGCAUGUGCAAAAUAUGUGCAAGGAAUAUGAAUUGAUGUGCCCAGAAUAACAUAACUUUUGACUGUCACGUUACUAUAUAAUUAUUGUAAUUUGUAAUAAGUAUGUCAUUUUAUCCAUAACAUCUUGAAAAUGUUUAUAUUAUUUCACAUUUCUACACCAGUCAUGCUAAGUUAGCUGAUGCUCUUCUCACUAUUUAUAACGAGUACAAAUAAAAUUCAGAAUAAGUUAUAUUUAUAAUAUUAUAGACACAUAGCCUCAUACUUACAAAUAUGAUUAAUAUUAAAGUUAUCUAAUGUAACCCAAUAAGUAAUAGUUUUAUAUAACGAAGAUAGUAUGGUAUUAGAUACAUAUAACAUGUGUAUUGUGUACGUAAAUGUUGGUGCUUGUAGCUGGUCGCAGUUGUCGCAAAGAAUUCAUAUUUUAGCUGCUUAUAAUAUACACUUGUACAUAAUAUUAUAUAGAAAAUGUCAAGCAAUAAGUAAAUUAUUUUUAUAUGCUUACGUGUUUGUUAUCAAUGUAUUCGAGCAGUAAACGUAAAAUGAUAUAGAAAAAUAUUUAAGACAAUAUUUAUAAAUAUUAUCAGGUAAAAACGCUGCUAAGAACUGGGAUACGA